AAGGAGUCUCCUUUAAAAAAAAAAUCUUGAUGGUGACUGGUAUGCGGUUGCCGGAGCCGGGCAUCUAGCCGACACCAUCCCCGCCUGACUGCCGCUGCAGCACCGAUGGGACAUUUGUGGCAUUUACGGUGCUGAGAGUAAGUGACACUCCGCAAGGUUAUUGGCAUUCAGUCACAUGUCCUCGGCAGAGCUAUACGUCCAAAAGCAGACCACCCACCACUCACCAAAGAUGUCAGCCCCCUCAAAUCUCACAUAUGCAGCGUCGCAGGAACCGCGCUUUUUGGUGUUGUUUGACUUCGACGAGACCCUCAUUAACCACAACAGUGACGAUGCCGUGUUGCGUGCCAUGCCGUGCCAGCAGCUUCCCGACUGGCUGAAAAACAGCUUCAGGGACGGGCAAUACAACGAGUAUAUGCAGAAGGUCCUGGCCUACAUGGCGGAUCAGAACGUGUCCGAGGACUCCAUCCAUUCAGCAAUAGUGACCAUCCCACCAACGCCUGGCCUCCUGAGCCUCGUCCAGUUUUUACAAAACCAAAAGCAGGACUUUGAGUUAGUCGUGGUCUCUGACGCCAACAUGUACUUCAUCGAGAAGUGGCUGGAGGCCGCUGGACUGCGCCACCUUUUUCGAAAGAUUUUUACCAACCCGGCCAGUUUUGAUGAGAGCGGUCGGCUUGUGCUGCUCCCCUUCCACUCCCACUCGUGCCCCCGCUGUCCUGGCAACAUGUGCAAGCAGGUGAUUCUUCGGGAGUAUCUGGCGAACCGGCAGAAGGAGCGCGGCGGUGCACCCUUCCAGAGGGUCUUCUAUAUCGGCGAUGGUUCCAAUGACAUGUGUCCCUCUCUGGCUCUGGGGCCAAGGGACACAGCCUUCCCAAGGAGGGACUUCCCCAUGCACAGGCUGCUGUUGGGGAUACAGCAGUCUCAAAAGGUCACGUUCAAGGCAAAUGUGGUUCCUUGGACCAGUGGGGAGGACAUUGUGGACUGCCUGAAGAACAUAAUCAGCGAGAGAUGAGAUGAUUUUACCUCAGCAACACCUGGUACAAUUUAUAAGGAUGUUUCAAACUAAUGUGGAUUCAUUUUAAGCUAAAAGGAAUAGGAAAAAAAUGAUUUUAGAAAAAUAAGCGUAUUCACUUUCUAGAUGAGAAGAACGAGGCCAUUCCAAGCCUAAAUAUAAAAUUAGAGCAUAGACAGUAAUUGAAAUGCUUCUGAUUUAAGAAUUUAAAUUUAACAAAUUGAAUUUGCUUAAACUUGAUUAAUGACAUCAGUUAACCGUUUCAUGAGGGGUCAAUGGUCUCAGUCAUUAGUUUCGGCUCUUCUGCAAUGGGACAUGAUGUCAAUUUUGUUAAGUAUGUUCACAUUUAGAGGAAAAUAGAUGAUGAAGCACAACACACGAGUGCACAUCAGUGUGUGAUUGACAGCUGGUAUCAUCCAAUAGGAGCCUGAUUGCAGGUGACGUCUGUCUCAUUGACUUAUUCUGGUGAAAUUGUGAACCUCAAUGCGUCAAAUAAGAGUUCACAUUCUUAUGGGGGACGGAAGACAUCAGCUGCAUGGCUAGCUUAGCUUACCACAAACACUCAUGCUCAUUAAAGGGAUGGUUCGGCAUAUUGGAAGAGCACUGACUGAGCUGUGAGCAUCCCCUGCAAUGACUACCACUUAGAGACACAGACUGUGAAAAGAAAUGGCCUCAAGUGGGGACCAAGGACAUGAAUUUAAGCCUCCUCACACCUCGCCUUGUGAAAUCUGUGCUAUUUCAAAACCUACAUUUGUAAUCUGCUUACUCACGAGUGAGCAGUUUAGGAAUCCACAGAAACUCACAAGUCGACUCCUAAAGCUUCUCCUUUUCUGCUCAAGACAUAGUCUGGCACAUAAAAGUGUGGAAAGAGUCAGUCUAGCUAUUUCCCCGUUUCCAGGUUUGAUAUAUUUACCACACAGAUGGGAGUGUCUCGUGUAAAUCUCAGCCAGACAGAACUGAAGCAUAUUUCCCAAACGUUUGAGUGUACAUAUUAACAACUGUCUUGAUUAAUGUGACAUAUACGUCGUGUAUCUGUUGCAGUAUGAUGAAGUAAAUAGACUUCUCUUGUAAUGCAAAGGUAGACGCAAACAGAGUCAAUAAUGGAGAUAUGCAGUAUUGACAGUGCACUAACUUUUGACUCUGAUCAAAAAGCUAAAGGUCUAGUUUGCUCCGGUGGAACUUAAUCCAACACAGUAAGCUCAUUAACACAUCACCCUCUUCGUCAACAGUUCAAAUUACUUCUCACAUGAAUGUCUCACUCUGUGUGCGUGGAGAUAUAUUAAUCCAAUCCAUCUUUGGAGUGUCUCUGUGUCUGACAUCCAAGGCCUUGACGGUUGACACAGAAGCAGGAUCAGGUGUUAUAGUAAUACCUGGGACAAUAGAUCACAUGUGUCGUGUCAGACGGGUACUAGGAAGGCAUAGAGCGGGGAUACGGUGACAGAGACUCGGGCAAACUACCUGUACCUGCACCCACUCUCAGUAUUGAUACCUAAUCUAGGAUUUGAGGACUAGAGCAGUAAUCUACACCAGCAUGAGAUCCAAAGAGGACAGAGUAGCCAUAGGCCUGCACUUUGCCCCCACUAUCCCUGGCACACAGAAACAAAGCAUGGUGUGAAUUACCAAUUUAAGAUUUUAAAUUCAGUAUUUAGUCGACUUCUAUCCUAUUUAACCAUAUAAUAAUGACAGAUUUGUUAUAUUUAGGAAGAGAUUAUUCUUUUUUUAUGUUUGAAUGCAGUUAAAGUAGAGUGUUGUGACGGAAUGGUGUCAGUAUCAGCCUGUAUCGUUAUAUUUGUAAAAUUAACUCAACAUAUAACCUCACUAAAUUCAUGACAGGGACUGGGAAAUGUAUUCUAUAAUAGGGAGGAAACACUUGAUUUUAUUUUCGGCAUUAUUAUUCUCUUUGUUCCAAUUUAUGUUCAGAUUUUUUUUUAAUCUCAUGUACACUCUAUUGAAGGUUGUUUCCCUCUUUAUACGCACAUUAGUAAACAAUCACGUGCACAUGCAGAAAAAAAAGAGUAUAUUUAUAUUAAUUUCAUAUGGUAAUUGUUACAUAAACCCACAUGCAUCCUUUCAAAGCCAUCGCAGCCAUCAAAAACGAAACAUAGAGCCUUGAAAAAGCAAAUAUUUCCUUUAAGCAGUGUUUUUAUUUCUCAGGGAGAAUAUAAGAGAGUACUUGUAAGUUAACAGAAUAGUAAUAUAUUUAUAAAAAAAAAAAAACUAGAUUUGCUGCUCAAGGAACAAAGAGUUUGACCCUGAGAUGUUUGGUGAGAAGAAGAGUGAAACUCUGUGAGCUUUUACUCGCUCUGACGCUGGAGUGACAGUUAAACGUUACUUUAAUUUUCUGUGAACUGGUGAGACAUCCAGGAGGUUUGUGCAAUAAUAACAUGUAGUGUACUUGACGUGAUUGAGAAGAGAUUUAAUAACAGUUCAGUGGAUGUUUUUUUUCCCCCCACAUCAUCAAACUAUAGUGUUUUAGUAUCCUUUCAAAAUGACUUCACAACAGCCCGAGUAAAACAAGGUCAUGUGUUGUUACAACGAGACGCUGAUCGAUUGAUAUUAUACGUGUUGCUUUUCCUUUUAUGGUUCAGCUGUUUUGUUUGUUUCUUUGUUUGUUUGUUUUGAGUUUGUGUUUUUAAUCAAAAAAGAAAAAUCAAAUAUGUAUGUAAUGCAUCAAUGUAACAGGAAUAUAAAGCCAUUAUCUGAUCCA